AGAACUUGGUAUCUCAAACCCUUAAGGCAAUUCAAAUCAAUGAAUUAUCUUCAUAUCUAAUGUCAUGGACGAUAUAAACACCAGAUGUAAUUCAAAUCAGUAAAUUAUUCCAUUAGAAACCUAAGGAGGACGAAGAAAUUCUUACUGAAAAAACCCUUAUUCAAAAUCCAAAAGGGAGAGAAACAAAACAAGACAAUUGCUAUAUAAACUCUCAACGUGACAAUGCACACAUUGGAGAAUCUUAGGAUGUCAUCACCCAGGGGAGAAGACAAAGAAGAGUACUUUUUUUGUGGAGGGCGAGAAGGUGUAAAUUAUUAAUUGUAAAUGAAUAGCACUCUCACUUAGUUACGCUUUUCUUUGGGAAUUUUUCUUUGUAUUAUUCGUUUCUUGUGAAGAUCAAACACGGGAAACACACUAGGGAAUACACCAAGAGAUCGUGAUCCUCUCAAAAAUUUUGAGACCCUCUUUAGAGCUUGUCAUUAACAAACAAAAUGCAUCUUCUAUGGAGGAUCUCGCAACCAGACGGUGAUGCAUAUCCCUCACUCCUAGGAGAGGCUUCUUCAAGACAAAAGUGCUUACCUCAUAUGCUUUCCUUAAUGAAAAGUUGUUUAUCAUUGUACUUUCCAGGGAAGGUUGAUUCUUUUAGAGCUUGAAAAAAAAGAUAAAAAAGAUAAAAAAGUGUGCCGCUUUUUUGGUCUCCCAUAUCCAGAAGAUGCCUAAAUUGCACUCUCAUCUUUCUCUUCUUUCCCAGAAUCUGCUUUCGAUUAUUGAGGUGACUAAAAGCAACAAUUGGCC